AAACAGUGCGCAAAACUACCUUACAACAAUUGUGAAAAGUUUGUGAAUUCUUUAAUAAUCUUGGAUUAACCAUUUACUAAAGGUGUUUGAGUUAUUUCUACAUGGUGUUUGUUAAUAUGUGAAUACAACUUUAAAACUCACUAAACAAAAACCGCAUUUAAACGAGGAUAUUCCCCAAAUAAUGAUUUAAACAACCGAAAACAAAAAAGCCGCUGCCAUGUUGGGCGAUUGUUGGCGACUUCUGUUUAUACUCAUCAUACCGCAAAUCCUGCUGACAAUGUCAAUGGAUAUCAAAAAGAAAAAAAUCCAAAAGUACUCGGAAUGGCGGCAACUUUGGUAUCCAAACUUUGACGACUACAACAGAGCGGAAGCGAUAGUGACUGCCGAGAAUAACACCAGCACCAACGUAACAGUCCAAUUGGGAGCCACUGCCUAUCUGCAUUGUCAUGUGAGGAGCACGGGCGAUAGGGCCCUCGCGGGAGCAGAGCAAGUUUCCUGGUUUCGGCGAAGAGACUGGCACAUUUUGUCCUCCGGCGUGUUUACUUAUACUAACGACGAGAGAUUUCAAAUUCUACACGCGGAAGGUUCAGACGACUGGACCCUGCAAGUUAAGUACGUUCAGAAGAGAGACAAUGGAUCGUAUGUAUGCCAGGUUUCCAGCAGCACAGGAUUGAUAUCCCACUUCGUAAACUUGCAGAUAGUGGUACCGGAAGCUACAAUACAAGGGAGCAGAUCCGGCGAACACCACGUCGAUAUCGGCAGCAUUAUCGAUCUGGUCUGCGUCAUAGAAAAGAGUCCCACUCCACCGCAGUAUGUUUUUUGGUAUCACAACGAUCACAUGAUCAACUACGACACUGCUAGAGGUGGAAUUUCGGUGGAAACUGUACCCGGACCUAGAACCCAAAGCAGAUUGACCAUCAGAGAUACAAACGAUGCAGAUUCCGGAAAUUAUACAUGUUCAGCUUCCAAUACAGAACCAGCAUCUAUUUACGUUUUUGUAUCAGAAGGUGACAAUGUCGACGCCAUAUUGAUGAGAAAAUCCUGCGCCAUGUGCAUCGCCGGUCAGUUGUUCAUAUUACUCAUUGCAACUAUGACAGCCGCCAUGCGAUAGAAUAUUACUCACACCCGGGUGUGUUAGUAAAUUACUUCCGUUGGACGCUGCAGUGCACAGUGGUCGUGAAAUAUAUACGUGAUAA